AUGGCAAACCUAGCAAUAGUAGACAACAACAAUGUCAAUGUCAAGACCUCAUCAACAUCAAACUCAAGUACUACUAUCCUCAGCCGGUUACAUCUACUUGGUUAUGGACUUAAAACAGCUUUGCCGAAGCUUAAGCCCCUGAAAAUUAUUGUGCCGAGAAGAAUAAAAGCCUCAGCAAUAUCAUCAAAUUCAGCUGCAACCAAGUUCACUGUCACCAGCUGCUUACCUCUCCAAUGUUUCAGGUUCGGACUCAAAGCACCAGAGCCGGAUCAAACUGUUGACAAUGGAUCGCUUGCAACCGCUCUCGAGUCUGAUUCGGGCCAUGUGGUCCAACCCUUCACCUCAACCAAGUCCACAAUCCCCACCUGUUUAUCUCUCCCUCUCCAAAGUUUGGGACAUUUUCAGGAAAGCUUAAAAACAGAGCUAUUAUCUAAGCCAAGCACGAGUAAUGUAACUAGAAAAGAAGAAGAAGAAGUGUUAUCAAAGCGGCCUAAUGUGGCAGAAGAUUUGAUAUUAAAAGCAGGCAACAAAGUACUCAAGGAAGGCUCAAAGGGCCAAAGAUACUUGUGGAAUCUUGCACGACAACACUUCAUUCAUCGCAAACUCAAUAAUACUAUCCUAAUGAAUAUACAUAACACGUACCGGAUGGUGAGAAGUGUGGGAGAGGAUUGCAGUGAAGAAAAAGAGCUCAAGACUUUGAUAGCUAAUAAGCCUGAACCUAUCUGCUUCAAGCGCUUUCAACCCUCCGGCCUAAUGCACAUUGCUGAGGGAAUUAUGGAGAUGAUGAAUGUGAACAAGCUGACUAACGCCGGCUGCAGAGUUAAAAUCUUGAUUGCAGAUCAGUUAGCACGCAUGAACAAGAAGUUGGGGGGUGACAUGGAGAAGAUAGAGACUGUCGGACUAUAUAUGAUUGAGGUAUGGAAGGCAAUGGGGAUGAAUCUCAAAGAUGGCGAAGUAGAGAUUUUAUGGUCUUCAAAGGAGGUUGGCUCGAGAGUAAAUGAGUAUUUGGAUCUUGUGUCAGAUAUAACUGACAAAAAUAGUCUUGCAAGGUUAAAGAGGUGCUGGAAACUAAUGGAUCGAACUGAUGAAGUAGUCUAUUUAAAUGCGUCCCAAAUUUCUACCUUAGCCAUGCAAUGUGCAGAUAUAUUUUUCCUACAGGCUGACAUCUGCCAGUUUGGAAUGGAUAAGCGGGAAGUGAACAUUCUUGCAAGAGAGUACUGUGAUGAAAUCCAGAGGAAGAACAAGCCUAUUGUCUUGUCACACCAUAUAUUACCCGGUUUGAAGGAAGGGCAGGGGAAAAUGUCAAAGAAGAUUCCCGAUUCUGCCAUAUUCAUGAACGAUAAUGAGGCUGAAGUAAAUCGGAAGAUAAAGGAAGCUUUCUGCCCUGAAAAGGUUGUUGAAGGGAAUCCAUGUUUGGAGUACAUUAAGUACCUCAUUUUCCCUUGGUUUAAUGGAUUGGCUGUGGAGCAAAUUGAACAGGAUGGUGGAGUUAUGACCUUCAAAAGCUUUGAAGAUUUGAUUGUUCAUUAUCAAUGUGGUAUUCUACAACCAGAUGACCUUAAAGUGGCCUUAUCCAAAGCCAUUAACAAAAUAUUGCAGCCCGUAAGAAACCACUUUGAGGAUAAUGAUACAGCUAAACAGCUUUUACAAAGUGUUUUGAGCUAUGAAGUCUCCGGUUGA